AUGUCAAUCAAAUUGUACCACUUUAAUGUUAGCACUCCUUCACGUGGAGCGUUGUUAUCAGCGAAAUUAUUAGAUGUACCUGUCGAAGUUGUUAUCAUAGACUUAAUGAAAAAAGAACAACUGAAAGAAUCUUUCAUCAAAAUAAAUCCUCAACAUUGUGUGCCAACACUUGAAGAUAACGGUUUUGUUAUAUGGGAAAGCCGGGCAAUAGCCUGCUAUUUGGCUGAUAAAUACGGGAAAAACGACGACCACUACCCUAAAGACCUUCAACGCCGUGCUAUUGUAAACUCACGACUUUAUUUCGAUAGUUCAUUUUUGUACCCCAGACUCAGGGCAAUUUGUUAUCCUAUAAUAUUUGAAGGCGUGAAAGAAAUCAAGGAUAAAUUAAGAGAUGAUUUGAAUUCGACACUCGGUUUCUUAAAUCAAUUUUUGGAAGAUCAGAAGUGGGUUGCUGGGGAUAAGCCCACUAUAGCAGACACAGCCAUUUUAGCAUCUUUUAGUUCUGUAGUUGAAAUUGGAUGGGAUCUUAGUCAGUUCCCUAAUAUUGAGAGAUGGUACAAACAGUGCAGCAUUCUGCCAGGGUAUGAGGAAAAUCUUGAAGGAGCUAAAGCAUUUGCCGGAUUGGUUAAGAGGAACUUAAAAUAA